UACUAAAAUGUCUACUGGAAUAAAGUAAAUAAGCGGGACCCAGCUGACUACAGCUGGGUAAUGGUUGGUUGUUAUUUCCCAAUAUCCAGGGGGUUACAGCAGGUUACAGGUGCGGUGUUGCUUAUGACGCUUAUCGGAUCUAUCCAACCAGCCAACAAAUUGCGACCCGCCAAACUGGCAAACUGCCCCAAAUUGCCCCAUUGGAAAUUUUCCCACAGUAUCCGAAUCGGACACCCGACCUUUUUUCAAGGAUCCCUUCACCGGCGCGCAACUUUUAACGACAACGUUAUUUGCUUUGCAAACCUUCCUACCUUUCCGUCGUUGUUUGAUAUCCCGGUGACAGAUCAAGAUGGCAGCCUUUUUCAAAGCAGUAAACGCCAAGAUUAGGUCGAACCCGACCGUGAGCUACUUCUGCUCUACACAUUUUUGGGGGCCUGCGUCGAACUUCGGUAUUCCAGUUGCAGCAGUUAUGGACGCACAGAAAUCACCUGAACUGAUUUCCGGCCAAAUGACUCUCGCCCUCACAAUUUACUCGGCAACCUUCAUGCGAUACGCCCUCGCCAUAACACCCAGGAACUACCUCCUUUUCCUAUGCCACUUCAUCAACGAGGGCUCGCAAAUAACACAAGGGUACCGAUAUCUUCAAUGGCAUCAUUGGGGCGGAAAAGAGAAGGCCGGCGUCAGCGGUGCUGUUGAAGAAGCAAAAGAGAAGGCCGCUGCAGCCAGCGAUAAGAUCAAAGAGGCAAUCUCGAAAUAGAGUUCUCCAAAAUAUGGAACAUUCUUGGCGUCAAUCAUAUAUUUUGUGGAAUCUGUUACCGGCGAUGUUAUGCAUUCGACUAGAGGGGUCGCACAUAUGCGUUUAGAGUGAUCUCAACUCUUCAACAGAGGGGCUGAGGGGAGGGUUUGGAUGGAAUCAUGCGUAAAUGAGUGAAGGAGUGUCAUGACUUUGUACUUCUAGUGCAUCAAAAGGGCCAUAAAGUCAUUUCUGUGGUAAUCGCCUUAAACUAGAAUUAGAAUUAGCAAUGAGGUUCUGAUUCUAAUCACUCCAGCUCUUUGGUGACACUCAUACAUGGAAGAAACGUCUGGUAACGAGGUACGUUAGUGAAUUUCUCUAAACCGGGGAACUCAUCCGCAA